AUGUCCAACAGACAGUCGGACGUCUCCAUGGGCGAUCAGGCCCCCCUCUUGCUGGAGCGACGCUUCUCCUCCGACCUGCAGCUGGACUGUCACUCGACGGAAAACCACCAUGGCCAACCGCAGGGCUUGCCCACAUCCCAGGCUGAGCCCUCGUUGGCCGAAGGCUCCGAGGGGCGGGAGCCUGUCUUCCUUAGCACGCAAAGCGCUGCGGCGCAGAAGCUGGGCACCCAGCAGCUCAUCCCUAAGAGCCUGGCGGUGGCCAGUCGACACAAUAAGCCCCGCCACCACACCACCGUGGUCACCUUCCCCUUGGGUCUGGAGGUCUCCUCCAACACCCCCUCCUCCAGGAGCCGCCACUCUGCCAUGGGGCCCGAUCUUUCCUGGGAGGACUACGACAGCGACGGGGAUGGCUUCUCACUGAGGAGGAACCGCAGGAACAAGUCGUACCGAGCGGCAGUGACCAGCCUCGACAUAGACGCCAUGGCAAAGAACCGAGGGAGCGCCAACACACUCAAGCCCGUGAGGGAGGACAGCAGAGCCUCCAGCCCCGGGCCGGCACGCAGUCCCGGACGCAAGGCAAGUGGGAGCAAGACGCUGGUUGAAUUCCAUCUCUAUCCCCCCUGCUAUCCCCUAGGGCUAGGCAACCCUGGUCCUGGAGUGCCACAGGCACUUUGUGUUUUUGAUUUAACAUUUGUGCUUUAGAUCUGGGAGACCAGGUGUGUUGAAUUUAGCCAAUUACUGAAAAUGGGGAGGAUUGGUAGAACCUGCGGAACUCCAAGAACAGGGUUGCCAGGGCCUAGGCACUUCUGUGUAUCUGAAAGGGAUAAUUUAUCAAUCACUCUUCACUCCUCAGUUUGUGUGUCUAUCCAGCAGCCUAGGAGUCAUCGGUGCCAAAGUGCUGGUGAUGAUGAGUCCCUAAGUUAGAAGCCAUCUUUAGUUAGAAUGUGGUCAAAUUUCCAGGACAACUUCCCUUGCAAAAACUGUUAGUGUCGUCAGUCAAGGAAGACCUGCACUAUGGUUUUAACGUGGACCAAAACGUAUUGACUGAAUUGCUUGAGAGGGAGGCGGAGGAGAGGGAGACAGAAUGUUGAGGCCCUCUCCCACCUUCCUCUAUGAUUAACUCAUGCUGUGUCUCCACCAUUUCCCCUUUAGAGAACCUUGGGGAGAAAGAGGAACCAGAAGCAUAGGGGCUCUUUCAAAGAUGGUACGUAUGUGUCACUCCUCCCGGCUGACAGAGCUUUUCCCCUAGAGACGCAGAUGACUGGUCUGGGUGCCAAUCUGUUUCUUUGCAAAAGAGCAGAAACAUAUCAAACACAAAAAUAAUCUGUUAGCAUCAGUGAGAUUAAUCGAUAAUGAGCUGUUAUUUAUUAUGAGUGAGGAUUUUGUCAGUGAUUGUAAUUUUUAAUUCACCUCCUGAACUUCAAAUGGAAUUGGUUGACCUGCAUUCCUGGUUAGCAUGAUGGUACAGCAAUGUAAGUGUUUUGAGUAAAAGCUAAUAGUCUAGGGCGCUUAGUGAUAGGCUGGUAAGAGUAUUUUGGAUGACACGUAUAAGUAUAUCUCAAGUAUGUGUAAUACUUGAGAGAAAGCUUUGAACAUUGGUAACCACCUGUCUCAUCCUCUGUUUCCUAAAUUGGAAAUGGUAGCCUCAGGGAGGCUCAAUAGAGUGCAACAGGACAUCUCUCAGCUCUGUCUGAAUGCACUCAGGAUACUGAACAUUUUGAAUGUCCUGCAUUUUGAUCCGCUCUUUUCCUUAUUAUUUUUCCCUAGUUCACUAUGUAUUGGUUCUUGCAUUUUUCAUUUUGUCGAAAAUAGUGUUCUUAAUGACAGUGAAGUGAUGACUUGAUGAAGUUGUCCAUGCAUUUCAAAAUGUUCAGUGUAAGCUAUAAGUACAAAAGCCAUUUCAACAUUGCGUGGAACAAUAAAGUUAUUCCAAUUCGAUUCUCUCGCCCGCAGAUCCUCAGCUGUACCAGGAGAUCAGGGAGCGGGGUCUGCACCCCAACUCUCCAAGUAUGGAGGACGAUGACUUUGUCCAUGUGGAGCCUCCUGAGGAAGACCACAGCAUCGUGGUCAAGAGCUACAGGCCAGCACAGGUCACUUGGAGCUCGCUACCACAGGUACACAGGGAGGAGCAGAGGGGUCUCCCAGGCCAGGGUGGACUGGUAGGGUCCCAUGAUCUGAACCCUGAUGGCAGAUAUGUGUGCGACUGUGCAUCAACACCAAACUUUGGCGCGAAUCAUACGGUUUAAAGAAGCCAAUAAACUUGGCACUAGCUAGGUUUCCAUCCAAUUGAUGACAGAUUUUCAUGCAAAUAUUCUAAAAUACAUAUAAAAACAUUCUACCACCAGAAUAUUCUAAAAUACGCAUAAACACAUUCUCCCACCAGAGAUGUCUUUCCAUCCAAUUGACUUGUUGCGUAAAAGACUGUGCGUGAUGACGUAGUGCACAUAAAAAUAAUUUUUGCGGUUAAAUUCCCAUGUACCGAAUAAAAAAUACAAGUUAAAUGGGUUUCCAUCGCAUUUUCAAUUAUAUUGAUGGUUGUCACAAAACAUUUUGCGUUAUAUAGUGAAUGUGCCCGCUCUGGUCUUGGUACACGCACUCUCGCCAACAGCUCGCAGAUACAGUGCGGGUAUAGCCUAGGCCUACAUGAUAAAUUAUUAUUGAUCAAAUUAUUAUUACGGACAUUUUUAUUUGUCAAACGGCAGCCGAGCAGCGAUCAUCAUGUCACCAGAGUAAGACCCUUGAUAUUUAUUGGAAAGGAGCAUUUAGCAGACGCUCUUAUCCAGAGCGACUUACAGGAGCAGUUAGGGUUAAGAGCCUUGCUCAAGGGCACAUCGACAGAUUUUUCACCUAGUCGGCUUGGGGAUUAGAACCAGCGACCUUUCGGUUACUGGCACAACGCUCUUAACCACUAAGCUACCUGCCACCUAGAAUGAAAAUGGUUGAAAAGAGUUUUGUUCCUAAAAUCUUUCAUUCUAAGUUUUUAUACUCGCUUAGUCCUAUGAAGACAAAUAACGUUUUUAAACCAAAAGGUAGUGUUCAAUUAUAUUUUAACCCCAUAUAUGAAUGAUUUCAAAAGGGACUCGCGUGAACCCAUUGGCCAUUUCAUUUAUGUAGUUUGAAUGGAAUUGAGCCCAACUCUGCAAAUGACAAAAUUUUCAGUGCAAUCGCAUUCCCAUAUGGAUACAGAGUGCUCUGUGAUACUGCUUAAGCAACAUAUUACAGUACUAUGAUGUUUAAAUGACAGUUUGUUCUAAUCAUCAUCCUUCCUCUAUGCUUCAGGUGAAGGAUACCGGUAUUCUUCAGAGGAUCUCGGCUGAGGAGCGGAAGCGACAGGAGGUGUGUGUGUGUGUGUGGUGGUGGUGGGGGGGGACUGCCUCCUCCGGGACUCUUUAUUGGGAGUCAGAACACACUCUUGUCUAAAUAGCAAAGUCCACCCAGUACGCUCUCUGUGCUAAUACAGCCACACCCUCCAUUCGUUGGCCGCCUUAGUCUAUCCACUCCCACUGGCUAAUCUUGUUAUGUCAACAGCAAUAUAAUAAUAAUAAUAAUAAUAUGCCAUUUAGCAGACGCUUUUAUCCAAAGCGACUUACAGUCAUGCGUGCAUACAUUUUUUCCUUCUCAAAAGCACCUAGAUGAGUUUUAAACUAGAUUUAUCAGUGGUAUCUUCUACUCUAUAAGGUGAAUGCUUAAAGUUAUAGCUAGCUUAUAAACUCCAUAUAUUUUGUUGGAUUAAAGUUUCCAGUUAAGUGUCCUUUGGGGGCACCAUCCAUUGUCAUGGACAGGCAUUGAGCUCUAUUGCAUAUGAAUGGGACAUGGUCCAUUCAAAAUGGUCGUUAGAUAUAACUGAUACAUAGUAAAAGAUGUCUAACAUUCGGUUUCGAGAAGUUGGGAACACAUAGUAGUAGACGUCAAUGAAAUGGAAAGUGUUCUUCGAAGUGGCCUUUGCGUCUUCACCAUAUCCCAUGUAAUCUUUUACAGUCUAGUUCAUUUACAUCUUGCGAGGGUAUUUUCCCAACAGUUAACGGCUAGAGAAGCUGAAUGGUGACGCUAUGUUCUCUGUUGUUGCUGUUGUUUACAAAUUUUUGUCAUUGGUAGUAUGUGUCUUGCUGUAUCUUUGAAUGCUGAUCUGUCUGCUCCUACCUCUCUCUCUGUGUGUGUGUGUGUGUGUGUGUGUGUGUAUUUAUAUAUUUAUUUAUUUAUUUAUUUGCAACUACACUGAAAAAAUAUAUAUAAAUGCAACAUGUAAAGUGUUGGUCCCAUGUUUCAUGAGCUGAAAUAAAAGAUCCCAGAAAUGUUCCAUACUCAUAAAAGGCUUAUUUCUCUCAAAUUCUGUGCACAAAUGUGUUUACAUCCCUGUUAGUGAGAAUUUCUCAUUUGCCAAGAUAAUCCAUCCACCUGACAGGUGUGGCAUAUCAAGAAGCUGAUUAAACAGCAUGAUCAUUACACAGGUGCAUCUUGUGCUGGAGACAAUAAAAGGCCAACAUCUUUUUUGUCACACACAAUGCUACAGAUGUCUCAAGUUUUGAGGGAGCGUGCAAUUGGCAUGCUGACUGCAGGAAUGUCCACCAGAGUUGUUGCCAGAGAACUGAAUGUUCAUUUCUCUACCAUAAGCCGCCUCCAACAUCGUUUUAGAGAAUUUGGCAGUAUGUCCAAUCGGCCACACAACCACAGACCACGUGUAACCACGCCAGACAAGGACCUCCACAUCCGGCUUCUUCACCUGCUGGAUCGUCUGACACCAGCCACCCGGACAGCUGAUGAAACUAUGGGUUUGCACAACCGAAGAAUGUCUGCACAAACUGUCAGAAACCGUCUCAGGGAAGCUCAUGUGGGUGCUUGUCGUCCUCACCAGGGUCUUGACCUUACUGCUGUUCGGCGUCGUAACCGACUUCAGUGGGCAAAUGCUCACCUUCGAUGGCCACUGGCACGCUGGAGAAGUGAGCUCUUCACGGAUUAAUCCCGGUUUCAACUGCACCGGGCAGAUGGCAUACAUCGUGUAUGGCGUCGUGUGGGCGAGCAGUUUGCUGAUGUCAACGUUGUGAACAGAGUGUCCAGCAUCUUCGCACAGCCAUUAAAGAGGAGUGGGACAACAUUCCACAGGCCACAGUCAACAGCCUGAUCAACUCUAUGCGAAGGAGAUGUGUCACGCUGAAUGAGGCAAAUGGUGGUCACACCAGAUACUGACUGAUUUUCUGAUCCACACCCCUACAUUUUUUGUUUAGGUAUUUGUGACCAACAGAUACAUAUCUGUAUUUCCAGUCAUGUGAAAUCCAUAGAUUAGGGCCUAAUGAAUUUAUUUCAAUUGACUGAUUUCCUUAUAUGAACUGUAACUCAGUAAAAUAUUUGAAAUUGUUUCAUGUUGCGUUUAUAUUUUUGUUCAGUGUAGUUUACUAAAGGGUUCUCCAUGCCGUAUAGGGGCCUUUUUCCCUACUGAAUUUCUCUUACUUGUGAUUUUGGCAGGCCAUCUUUGAGAUCAUCACGUCGGAGUACUCAUACCUCCACAGCCUCAGUAUCCUGGUGCGCCACUUCAAGGGGAGCGAGGCGCUGCGGAAGACCAUAACCGCCACUGAGCACCACCACCUCUUCUCCAACAUCGCUGUCAUCGAAGGCGUCAGCAAAAGGUAGUAUAUAUCUCCAGGACUGCAGAUGGAGACAGCUGGUUAGGAUGCUCCCAGUUUGAAUGCCACAAAAUUGCGAUCUGGCUUGCGGUUGGAAUAGUGAGGUUAUUAGUGGCAAACAGUCAUCUGGCAAACAGGGCUGUAGUCUAUAUACCCUUUAAUGGAUGCAUUUAUGCUGACUGUUUGCCUGAUCCAAACCUGUACUUUAGUAGUCAACUCCUCUGACUAUCAUUGUGAUGCCAUACUUCCGAGUCAUGUGACCAGGAAGUAGGAAGCAAAUAGUUUGAGUGGUGAUACAUCGCUUCUGUGUUUUAUACUUUUUAAAACACUUAUACGUGUUUACAUUUUUAAGACACUUAUAUAUUUUAUACCUUUUAAAACAUUUGUUUUAGUUUUGGACAACGGUGUUAAUACUGUUCUUAACACACCAUGUUGGUUGGAUUUUAUCGUCUCCUGGAGCUAACUUUAGCAGGCUAGCCCCGGCUAGCUCCGACUAGCUAGGUUACCUGGCCGUAACCGGCAAAGCUUAUCUUAUGUCACGGUUGGCUCUUGUAGCCGGGACGUGCCCCAAUAGCACGUCCCACAGGCUUGCAGCGACCCUCUCGUCGUCCUCUGGUGGUGGUUGUUAUAUGAUUAGUGAUGUGGUGGUUGCGGAAGUAAGGACCCACUGCUUCCCUGGAGCCCGUGUUCGGAACAUAAAUCACCAGGUCCCUGCUGUGAUUGAGAAGCAUCCGAAUGCUCACACAGUAGUCAUUCAUGUUGGUGAAAACAACAUCAAUCUUCAUAAAUUGGAGCAAUUAAAAGAUUACUUCAGAGGGCACAUAGGCAGGCUAAAGGAGACAGGCAAGCGGGUUCUCAUUUCCGGGCUUCUACCAACAAUAGGUUGUGGUAUUGAACUCUUUAGUCAUCUUCUCUGGCUACACUAUUGGCUUAAAUCCUAGUGUUCCUCUAUGGAUUUGGAGUACAUUUAAACAAAUCUGGGGGUGACCAAAAUGUUUAUUUGUUUUGUUAUUUUUUGUUGGGGGGGUUACAUGUACAUUUAUCAAUUUGAAAUUAUACGUUUAUAAAACCUGUACCCCCCCUUCUCCCCCAAAACAAAAAAAACUGUUAGAAAUAACUAUAGAGUUUAAUAAUACAUUCAGUAUAAACAGGAACAGAAAACAAAAAAGAAGUGGGCCUCCAUCCCGAACCUCCCAUCCCAUUCCCCCAAGCCAACAUGUCUCCAUCCAACCCCCACUCCUGGAAAUAAUGUUUCCCACCCCUUCUCACCCCCCACUAGAAACUAGGGUUGCUCUCUAUACCCAGCCAGGGAGCGGAAGAAUCAUGUCUAAACCAAUUUAGGAUGGUACAAGAUGCUAAUGCCUGGAAAUACAAUUUCAAGUUUGGUACGGAUAGUCCUCCUACUUCUUGACAAUUUUCACCACUUUUUGGAAACGCCCCAGUUUUACAAGAGGGAUGGCUUGCAUCCAAAUAUGAAAGGGGUAAAAGUUAUCUCGGCCAACAUAGAGGAGGCGCUUAUAAAACAUUGACUAAAAAACAGCCCAACCCCUGCUCAGGUAACUCAUACCAUUCCCACUAUUUCACAGCGUUAUCGUCGUACUGCUACAAAUAACCAUAUUCCCAGGGGUAUUGUCAGUAAUAAUCUUGUGACCAUAAAUGUCACGACUUCCUCCGAGGCUGCCUCCUCUCCUUGUUUGGGCAGGCUUCGGCGUUCGUUGUCACCGGCCUUCUAGCCACUGCCGCUCCUCAUCUCAUCAUUCCAUUUGUUUUGUCUUGUUUAUUACACACACCUGGUUCAUAUCCCCUCAUCAGUACCUGUAUAAGUGUUCCCUCUGCCCCCUUGUCUUUGUGUGUGAUUGUUUAUUGUGAGGAUAGUGAUGCUCUGUGUAAAAUUUUUUUUAAAGCUUUCUGUUCCUCUGAUUUGCAGAAUCUUUAACACGUAUUUUUAACCUUACAAUUAUUUCUGUUACCAUCCUCAGGGUCAGGAAGGCGGCCCAUAUACUCCCCCUUCACAAAGGUGGUGACCUAAAUAAUUAUUGCCCCAUUUCCAAACUCUUGCAUAGCAACAAUUCUAGAAUCCUUGGUAAAUAAUCAACUUAGACCCUUUUUAACUAUGAAUUGUAUUUUAAAUGUUAGGUUUCAGACCAGGCCAUAGCAUCAUCUCUGCUACUUCUUUACUUCUCUGCUACUUCAUUCUGACCAAUUCACAUAGAAAUUGAAUUUAUAGAUAUGUCAUUCUCAUCGAAAGCAAAUCUAAGAAGCGGUAGAUCUGUUCUAUGUGCGCUAUUUCUAUGCUUCCUGGUUUAGACGGUACAAUGGAGGUACAAUGAUUCUCUCUACACUAUACUUACUUGUUUUGUCACAAACUGAAAUUAGGCGAACUAUUAGAAUUUUAGCAACCAGGAAAUGUCGGAGCGAUUUCUGCAUAGUGCAUUUUUAGAUUAUGUUCUUAAUUGUUUGGACUAUGCGGCCCUUUUUUAUUGACCUGUCUAAUGCCUUCGACACUGUGGAUCACUCAUUGCUUAUAAAGUAGGCUGUCCUUGAAGUCUCGUAGAUCGAUGUAUUGCGCUCUUUUUGUCUAUAAAGCCCUCUUGCAGAAACUUCCGCCAUACCUUACCGUCUCCUGGAGCUAACUUUAGCAGGCUAGCCCCGGCUAGCUCCGACUAGCUAGGUUACCUGGCCGUAACCGGCAAUCUUAUCUUAUGUCACGGUUGGCUCUUGUAACAACAGGCCAGUCUGGUAGUCUCGUAGAUCAAUGUCAUUUGCACCUGAGCUUCAAUGAAAGCUAGCAGACUAGUAACAGCUAGGACUAGUAACACUCACACUCAGACAUUCCUAGAGCAAAAUGAUUGAUGUUAUCAACGUUUUAGAAAUGCUUGUAUGGACAAACAUUGACACAACAUUGAAACAACGUCAGUGAAUUAUUUAUAUAUAUAUUUCAGGCUACUGUACUAGUAUUCCCAUUUAUAAUUGGCUGCUUGCACAGUUUAAAGGUUCACAAUGGGAUAAUUUAGAUGGGAUUUGAACAUGAGUAAGUCUCCUAGGAGGACUCACGGGAUGUGUUUAAACACGCUGGCUCAACCGGUUCUGCUGCCUAGUCGGUCGGGAGGUAUUCAGCAAAGCUUUAAGAUCAUGUUACUGAAAGCAGGUCGCGUUCAAAGCAAGGCUGCAUUGUUAUUGAUGACUGCUGCUGCUUUUUGAAUGAAAAUGGAUCUCUGUCAACGGCUAUUGCACAAAUCAUUAUUUGUAGUUAUGCGGCUGCUCCCCAGUUGAAAUUUAAUGGAAAACACUCAGUUCUGUUGAAACUGACGGGUGUAACUUGAAAGGGUUUGCUCGACUAUCACCCAUUCUGACCUUCUUAUCUCCUUUUGGUGUGUGUGGGAAUGUGUGUGACUUUGCUUUCUGGGUUGAGCUGUUGUUUUGGGUGUCAGUUUACUCCCGGUAUUUCAGCACAAAAUGACUGGGAGCUGGAAGGAAGGCUACAGUUGUUUCUAUUUACUGGCACAUUGGAAAUUAUACUAUUAGUACUAUUAAUAUUAGACGCCUACUAGUGUUACAUAACUAGACUAGCUAAUUCUUUUAUCUAACUAGAUUUCUUUUAAUGCUUUCCUGGCUCAAACUUAUUAGUGUAGUAGAUUUUAGUAUUUUGUUUUGAUUGCUGUGCACUCGCUGAGAUAGUGGGUGAUGAAUUCAAAUUACGAUAAUAUGCAGAAUAAGCCUUUAAAAGUGGACAAACACAUCAACUCUUAAUUACAACAUUUAAAUUUUACAGUUAGUGAGUGCAUACAUUAUUUUUUUAUUUGUCAUACCCCCCCGCGGGAAUCGAACCCACAACCCUGGCGUUGCAAACGCCAUGCUCUACCAACUGAGCUACAUGCCUGCCGGCCAUUCCCGCCCCUACCCUGGACGACGCUGGGCCAAUUGUGCUCCCCAUGGGUCUCCCGGUCGCGGCAGAGCCUGGAUUCGAACCAGGAUCUCUAGUGGCACAGCUAGCACUGCCUUAGACCACUGCGCCACUCGGGAGGCAUUUGUACAAUGCUACUGCUGCUGACUGCACUUUUGAAUGAUUCUCCAUGUAAUGGCCUUAGUUACUGCGGUUAUUAUUAAACGGCUGCUCCGGUACAGUAGCCCUUAUCAUGAGUAGAGAGAGAAAGAGUGGGAGAAAGGAACAGUUAUGCACGUGUUCUGUUCUCAACAGGUUUUUCGAGGACCUUGAAAGGCGUCACCAGGACAACGUGGUGAUCCAGGACAUCAGCGACAUAGUGCAGAACCACGCCGCCCACCACUUUGAGCCCUACAUUGUGUACUGCUCCAACGAGACCUUCCAGCAGAGGACGCUGCAGAAGCUGCUGUGAGUAGAGGUCAAUUAAGGGGCCUGUUUGAAAACUUUAGAAAUGCUUCCUUUCUUUCCUUCUUCCUUCCUUCAAGUACAGAUCUAUAAGUGAUUGGAUAGGUGUACUUUCACCUAUCUAACUAAUUCAGAUCUGUGAUUACUUCAAGGAAGGUUGGAAGGAAGGAAGCAUUUCUGAAGUAUUCGAACAGGGCCCAGAACAGAAACCCUGAUCGAAUACUUUGAACAUGCAUCCAUCCCUUGGUCCUCCUAUCCUUGAAGUAAUCAAAUCACUAAUCUAAAAUGGUUGGAUAGAUGAAAGUAAGGAUUCCACUAUGUAGGUAACACCAAUCCAGUCAUGUUGUAUCAGUGAUUAGGCUAAGUAUUGAAGGAUAAUGCAAUGUUGAAAUGAUUCAAACACAACAUAAAGUGGCUUCCUUUCUUCAACUCCUUUCCUCCUGUGUGUGCAUGUCUCAGAACGAACAACACUGCCUUUAAGGAGGUGCUGAAACAGAUUGAGGGGAGCGGCGAGUCCCAAGGUCUGCCCAUGAUCUCCUUCCUCAUCCUCCCCAUGCAGAGAGUCACCCGGCUGCCGCUGCUACUAGACGUGAGUCCCACACUCUUUCUCUAUGAUGGGAGUCAACUGGUGAAUUCUUUGUCUUGA